UCUCCCUCUCUCUCUCCGUAUUAUCCAUAUCAUCAUCACCUUCGCCGAAGCAGGAGACUUCGCUUCGCUUCUCUUCUCAGUUUCGGACCAAAUCAUCGGCGCAAAACAGGGGAAGACAAGCAUGGCGGCCACGGCUGCUCUUCAGAGCUCACUGACUUCGCUUUUUCUUUCCUCCAGCUCGUUCCUCGGCCAACGCGUCCCUCCCUCCUUCCUCCACCCAGUCUCCGUCAAUUCAGUGGAGAAGCCAUGCCUCAUUGUUGCAAAGCUCAAACAUUGGGGAGAGAAAACAUGUAAGCCAAACAGCCUUCCUGUUUUGCAUAAAAUGCAUGUCAAGGUGGGCGAUACAGUGAAGGUAAUAGCUGGACGUGAUAAGGGAAAGAUAGGGGAAAUAUCUAAGAUCUUCAAACACAACAGCACCAUAGUUGUCAAAGAGAUAAACCUGAAGACAAAGCAUGUGAAGAGCAGGGAAGAAGGUGAACCCGGGCAAAUUAUCAAGAUCGAAGCGCCUAUUCACAGCUCAAAUGUGAUGCUCUACUCCAAAGAUCAAGAAGUGGCAAGUCGGGUGGGUCACAAAGUGCUCGAUGAUGGAACAAGAGUCCGCUUCCUCAUAAAAACUGGGGAGAUCAUUGACAGUGCGGAGAACUGGAAUAAAUUGAAGGAGAGCAAGGAGAAAACUGAAGUAGCAGCAACCUCAUAGAAAUGGCUCCAUGUCUUCAUAAGACUGGAGUUUCUGGAUCUCUUUAUGUACAUCAAUCCUCUCAAGCAGUUUCAUUUGACCCUUUUCCCAGAGUUGAAAUGGUAUCAUUUCUUUCCACACCCUCAUUCAGAUGGUAGGAUAGGAAAAACAAGUUUCACGUACAUUCGUGUCGAAAAGAAAUGUGGGUUGUUUCACUUUUGGAAGAUGAAUGUCAUUGAUAAGAUGCAAAUUUUUCGACAAGCUCUAGUUUUUU